AUGAACAGAACCACCAGCCUUGUCCAUGACAGCAUAACCAAAAAUUUUAGCCGUCUGAAUGGUUAUCAGCCUCUGGAUCGAUAUGAAUCUAUGCAGAUCAGUGAUCCUAAUGACAUGGGGUAUAGAAGUGCAAGGGCUAGGCAAAGGCAGGUUUUUCUGAAGUCUUACAGGUUAGAAUCAAGAACCAAACUGAGAAGAAGGUCAAGGUCAUUGAAGCUAAAGAAGGUGGUGGGUAAGGUUAGGUUGGUUGUGUUGUCAGUAGUUUCAUUUAUGAGAGGAAAUGCUUUAAAAUCUUGUAAUUCUAGAUCAUCAAUCUGUGCUUCCUCUCCUGUGAAACUCAACAAGUCUUGUUAG